AUGACAGCUGUCAUUCUUUUUCCUAGUGGUUUUGUUUUUGACAUAUUAAAAAUGGUUAACGUACCGAAACAACGUCGUACAUUUUGUAAAAAAUGUAAAGUUCAUAAACCACACAAGGUAACUCAAUACAAGAAGUCAAAGGAACGUCAUGCUUCCCAGGGUAGAAGGCGUUACGACAGAAAACAACAAGGUUUUGGUGGUCAAACAAAGCCUAUCUUCAGAAAGAAGGCAAAAACUACUAAAAAGAUUGUAUUGAGGAUGGAAUGUACAGACUGCAAAUACAGGAAGCAGAUUCCUUUGAAACGUUGCAAGCACUUUGAACUUGGUGGUGACAAAAAGAGGAAGGGACAGAUGAUUCAGUUCUAAGUUGUUAACGUUAAGUAAAAUAAAUAGAUAAACUUAUAAAAACGUGUUUUAUUGAAUUAUAUAAUUAUAAAAACAUAAAAAUAUCAAUUUUAUGAUUUUGUUUAUAAUAAGAUUAAUUUACACUUAGAUAUCUAGUCAGACUGUGGAUGCACUUAUUCCGGAAUAACCUGAUCUGGUUUACUGUAAAAGAAAUACCUUUUAAUAAUAAAGCUUUAAAAGGUUAGAGGGAUA